CACCUCGAACAGUUGCUAGAGUAACAGUUAACGUGUAUAACUGCUCCGCACCCUUCCAAGCUAAACAGCUACAUUAGCUACUCACAAUCGGGAUUGUGCUGACAGUGGACCCUGAAAACGUUGCGACAGUGUAUUUUCUACACGCUCCUGAGUCUCAGGUCCGUCCUCGGUUUCCUCUAUUAUUCAAGGAACAAAUCCAUAUGAGACACGGGCGCUGUGGCUGAGUGACGAGCAGGCAGGGACCCCGGCCGCCACCUGUCUGGCUUUAUAUAAGGAGCCUCCAGCGGUAGAAAGUGGAACAGGGGACGGCAUGGAGCUGAGAGAGGCGGCGGCUCUCCGACAGCAGCGCAGGAUUAAACAGGCAAUUCAGUUUUUACACAAGGACUCCGCAGAUCUCCUGCCUUUAGAUGGCCUCAAGAAACUUGGAACUUCUAAAGAAGGGCAACCACACAACAUUCUCCAGAGAAGGCUGCUGGAGGCCAACUUAUCACGAAACAGACUGAACACCCGGACUUCGAAAGCACCUUCGAAAAACAUAGUUCAGAGCCAUGGUGUCAACAGCGAGUCUCAGGAGAUGGAAAGUGACCUCAUUCAAGUUGUGGGUCAGUGCUCUGGGCGGGAGGUGGUGGUUACAAUUGACACUGGAUGUACAUUAAAUCUCAUAUCAUCAGUCAGUGUGGAGAAACUUGGCUUGAAGGAGAAGACCAUCAACGGCAAAAGCGAGGACGAGUUAGGGCCACUCCAGCGCAACCUUCUAGCCACAGGACAGAUCGUGCUGAGUUUGGUGAUUGGACAAACAAAGAUGGAUCUUUUGUUUAGUGUUGUGGAAAUUGACAGGAUGUUCAUAUCACUGGGAAUGAAGACACUCAAAUCUCUGAAGUGUGUAAUUGACAUUGAAAAGCAGAUGCUGGUUCUUGGAAAAUCUGUAAGGGAGCAAAUACAUUUUGCUGGGAGACGUGAAAACGAAGUCUCCAUGGAAUAGGAGGAAUCUACACAUAAAUUUUCCUGCAGGAAAAAACUGUGUUUUGGGAACACAGCAAAACUCAAGUGCAGGAGUUCUCCACAAAGCUUCACAGCCCCUCUCUCCACAAACUCUGCAUUUUGCUGCAGAGCUCAGAAUGAGCCAGCUUUCCAAGCAGGACACUGCUGAAUUAUACAUAAAGGCCAAGUAUCACUUCAGCAGCCACACACUUACACAAAACGUCAUGUGUGUGUGACACAAAGCCAACAACAAUUUGGGCCACAACAAAAAUUUACAAGAAGUUGAACCAGGGGUAUAGCCAAGGGGUGGGCAAGGGGGGCCAGUGCCAUCCCCAGUUAUGCAAGGUGAGAUAGUCAGCAAUUAUCAAUAAACCAGUCACAGGAGAAAAGUUAUCCUACCCCGUGUGAAAAAGUAUGACUUAUAGUAAAAAUCUACAUUCCAGGCAGUUUCCAAAGACAUAUAAGCACCGAAUGACGCUGCACUCAACAAUCUGUGUCUUGGUGUUUUCAGCAAACAGGUGAAAAUUGGAAACCUUAACAGUCUUGUUCAUUUUUGCUCAAUGAAACAGUUAACACUGACUUUAUAUGUUAUUGAAAAGCACCUAAAUCUCUACAAUAUAUUGUUUUAUUAAACAUCAUGCUCUAUGUGCAUCACAUAACUGACUGAACAUUUUAAAAAUGUUCAGCAGAAGUUACAGAUGGUACAGUGAACAAAAUAUUUUUCGUAUAACACCUCAAUGAAAUCACUGGUCUCACCUGGCCACCCCAUUGAAAAAGUUCUGGCUACACCCCUGUGUUGAACACUUGUGGAUUGAGGUUUAUGUAUUCAUUAUAAUGUGAAAGUUAGUGUCUUGUUCUUAGAAAACUGGAAGAAUGUCAUAAAAAAAUCUAUAUGGUGAGACUAUAUUAAUGCUAUAUUGCUCUUUGAGUAACACAAGCCAAUGAAAUGUAACUAUUCUAAAUGAUUACCUUGUGAUUAAGCAUGUGUUUUCAUUAGCGUAGCAUCAUUGUUUUGGUUUUAGUCGUAAUUUGAACUCCUGGCCUACCUCUGUUUACCAAAAAGCAUCCCACUGUUUUUAGUUGACCUAAUGGAAGUUUGCUUAUUCUGAUAUCAGCUAGAGAUGCUGAUGCUUUUCUUUCGACAGCUACUGGUAAUAUCAAGUACUGACAACAGCGCGUGUAGCACCGUUUUCCAAUUUCUACCUCCCAUUAUAAUUCUAAUGUUGCACAGAUAAGAGCCAGCAGUUUUGCUGUCUUAUUACUUACAUUUGAAACCAGAAUCCCUAAAGCAGAUAUGUGCUCAGCUCUGGAAACCUGGUUGGAGCCAGUUCUAUGUGCAGUAUGUUUUACACUGUUCAUAGGCCCUUUUUAGUCAUUUGUAGUCAUUUUAGUACAGCACUGGCCUGAUAUUAUAUUAUAAAGUAUAUAUAGUCUACUCCAGUGUCCUCAUCUCAGUUCUCGGGGAUGAGCUUUCAACACAAGUGAACUGAGCCAUUUAGAACACUGAAUGCUUGGUACAAGUUACGGCAGAAAUGGGGAACAUCUGGUGGACUUGGGACUGGGAUGGGAAACACUGGUCUACUCUGUAGUAUUGGUGCAAUACUAGUUGUAGGUUCUUCUUUGCACUGUUGUGUAAGUGAUUGCUGUUAUUUAACUGUUAUUUAUAAUAACUGAAGCAUUAUUUUAAAUGUUAAUAGGUAAGUAGUUUCUCUACCCAACACACUUGACUCAACUCAUUACUUAAAAGGGAAUUUCACUUUUUUUUUUCAAAAUUUCAGCAUGAUUAAAUUAAGAUGGAAACAAAGUUGUUCAGACUGGUUUGAUGUGAAGUAUGCUAUUCUAGAGAAACCUACAGAGUCAAUAUUGUUUACAGUGAUGAUGAUGUAGAACCAGACAUUCGAAGUGUUUAAUGUGUCUAAAAGCUACCUCAAAGAAAACAUUUACAUGAAGUAGUUCUGAAUAUGUUGGCUGAUGCCUCAGAAAUUGUUUGAUCGCAGGCUGAAAUCCCAGGACUGACUGGAAAUUUACAGUUAUGCCCUUGGGUAAGGCACUUAACCCCCAGUUCCCCAGGAGGCAAUGCUCCACUAGCAACGCUGUGCUGUGCUGCUCCCAGACUGGGCAUAGAUAGGCAGCACAAUAACAAAUUUCCAUUGUAGGAUCAACAAAGUGUAACAUUCAGGGCAGAGAGAAACAUACAGGGCAUUAUAGUACCCCCAAGCAGAUUUACCACUAUCAACAUUAUUUAUAAAAACAUGAAAGACAUAAAUUCAACGUUACUUUGGACAGCAAAUAAAAUGUCUGUUGUUUAUGUUGUAUACAUUGUGAUCCCUGGUUCCUGUAUAGAAAUCAGAGUUGGUAAAUUUCUCUACACCACUUAAUUUUACAUCAGAAAGACUUUGAAUGACUUUGUUUACAUCUCAAUUAUACAAUUAGGCAGGUAUUUUGAAAAAUCCCCUUUAAUAUGAAGCUCAGUCAGGUUUGUCAGAGCAGGGAAAAUGUUAAACUGUGAUGUUCAGUUUUCUUGAUAUAGCACAUAGUAGGCCUACACCAAAGUAGAAUUGUUAAAUUAUUGGUAUUCACUUGUGUUGCCUUUGUAGCGCAAAGUUUACACAAAGUGUUCUGUAUAGUCAAUAUCAGAAUACUUCACUAGACAGUUGUAUUAAUCCUGUCAUGUAGCCUAUUUUUGACAAGUUAUGCUUUAAUUAAAUAAACAUAUACAGUGUUGAAAA